CCCGGGUCAGUUCGUGCCUGCUGGUGAGCAACCGUUCAACCAGCAGCAGUUCACACCGGCCCGCAGCCGCCACUGCCGCAGCAGCCCCGCCAGCCGCAGCAGCAGAACUUGCAGAAUGUGCCCAUUCAGCAGACACUACAGAGUGACGUGGAGAUGAAGACUGAGCCGGGCACCGAAGGGAACGCCGAGGGCGGCAACGGAGCCGCCGGCGGCCGCCCCCACUGGAUGAAGAACAAGCUGGCUGGAGUAAAGAAAGUGUCGAACAAGGAGCGUCGCCGCCGCCAAAACGAGACUCUUCGCCGCCUGCUCACGCCCAAGAACGCGCUCAUGGUGCUCAACGAGAUGAUGCCCAAUGAACAGCUGAACACGCAAUUCAAGGUGGAGGCGGCCGGCAACCAGUUCUACAAGCCGGCCAAUCAGCAGAGCUUCUGCGCGGACCUCACUCUCGAUGGCAAUGUGUACAAGGGAUAUGGUGAGAACAAGCUGUCUGCGCGUAACGCGGCCGCAGAGAAGGCCAUCCGCGACUUGAUCAUCAAGCGCAUGUCCAAGGUGUUCGCCAAAGAUGCCUCCAAUGCUGAAAACGCUGAGUCUGCAGAGGGCGACAACGCGAACGGAGAGGCUGAAGAGACUCUGCCCAUGAUCCAGCUGGCUUCCUUUGCUCUCCACAAGCUCUUCUCGGAGUGGGAGUAUGAAGGAGUCAAGGUGCCUCAGCUGAAGCCUGGUGCGAACAACAGCACAUCUGACUCCAUGGAGGUGAUCGAGCCGCCGCCGCCCAAGCCCAAGCCCGCCAUGAAGCGCCGCGACCUGCCGCCCAACGCCGCCGCGCUGCAUCCCUGCAUGCUGCUCUCAUACAUGCGACCUGGACUCGAGUACCGCGAGCUCGCCGUCACCGGGGACAAGCCGCAGACCAUGUCCUUCACCAUGGGCAUCGACGUGGACGGCGCCACCUACAUCGGCAAAGCGUCGAACAAGAAGGAGGCGCGGCGCUCGGCCGCGCGCGCCGCGUGCGCCGCGCUCUUCAACGUGGCCUUCCCCGACACGCCCGCCGCCACCACCCCCGCCGCCACCAUGCAGCAGUAGGCCGUGUCACAACAGACGAUCCACUUUAUACUAUACUUUCUGUUGUUACAAGUUUACCGACGCGAUGCGACAUGUAUCACUGUUUAACGCGUCUUGAGAUCCGUUUGUUCGUGUAGAUAAGUAAACUUUAAUCGUGAUCGUCGAGAUACUAAAGAGACGAGAAUAUCUUAUAGACGACUUUCGUAUGCCGAGGGACCGCCUCGAAUUCGAACAUUUUACUUCGUAGACAAAAUAGGAUCAUGUACGACUAAGUACGAUGUCGGAAUAAAUUUACACACUGAUAUGAAAGAAAUAG